AUGAAAUCAGACGAGUCCAUGUCCGUCUUAUUACCUAUGGUGUCCUUAAUGCUUUUACUCGUGUUUGCGGGUGGACUGUGGUUCUUACGCACUCGAAAUCAAUUACGGGGUGCGUCUCAGUCUUUCUUGGCCAGGAUGUUACUACAGGAGCAAGAGACGAUCACUAGACUGGAUCUGGAACGUGGUGAAGCCCAAGCUGAGCGUUGGAAGUGCUCUGUUUGUGACUUUAGUAACGCCAUGGAGCGACGCACUUGUAUGUUGUGUGGCACAAAGAACUUGAAACCUCCUUGUCACCAAGUUUCAGAUAGAGGAGAAGAGCUGCCACGACUCAAGCAGUCGAUUGCAGGGAGAGAAGAGCGACUGAGCUCUGCUAGUUCGGUGACGAUGUUGGCGAGGCCUUCAUUUUCGACACAGAGGUCCUCUGCACUUAGUGUAGGCACAAGACCGUCGUUGAGACCGUUGAGACUUUCGACACUUAAUCCAAGACAAAAAUAUGCGCGACGACGGAAAGAGUGGGUGCGUUGUCUUGGAGAAGAUGGCGAAUCAGCUUUUUGGACCAGAGCCGAUGUUGCAGUAGCUACGAGAAGACUUACGCUCGCUAGCAGCAAUAGUGCAAAAAUGGGAAGUCAUGGACGAGUGUCGGUCGGCUUUGUGACGCAAAUGGUUCGUCGGUCGUCCAUGAAAGGGGACAUUGGGCGUCUUACAUUUGCAGAAGCCUCACAAUUAGAUGCAGCGCAGACAAUCGGUGGGUACAAACUCACUGCACGUGAGCUGGAAUUGCUUGACCGAGUGUCGAAACUGCCGUUUCCGAAAAAGUACACGUGGUUUUUGGAGCGCAUGGGAGCGCUGUUAAGACCAUGGGAAGAAGGACGGAUUAAGCUUCGGGUACAGAGAGAACACAUUCUCGUCGAGAGUAUGGAACAGUUGCUGGGCAUUCAACCAGAGCAUAUUCACUUUCCACUCCGGAUUGAGUUCGUUGGUGAAGCAGGUAUCGAUGCUGGAGGUUUGCAGCGUGAGUGGUUUUCCAUUUUGUUCGGUAGACUGCUGGACGACGAGCUCGGACUGUUUAUGACGUGUCAUCGACAUACACAGGCCGUGGCGAUUAACCCACACUCAGAAGACUGCACAGCAGAUCAUUUGCUUUACUUUCGAGGUAUCGGACGGCUGCUUGGCCGCUCGCUACUGGAAGGACAGACGAUGCAGGCAAGACUGUGUUUGCCUAUUCUUAAACAUUUCAUCGGCACGCCGAUUACGUUUUCUGACCUGCAGUACGUGGACCCAGAGGUGUACACAAGCAUGAUGUGGAUCCGUGACAAUGACGGUGUAGAUGCUUUGGAGCUAACGUUUAGCGUUACCGAGCUACGAGCCGAUGAUGAAGUCGUCACUGUCGACUUAGUCUCGGAUGGACAGAACAAGGCUGUGACAGAUGCAAACAAGAUGGAGUUCCUGCACCUCAGGCUACGUUAUCUCAUGCUAGACCGCUACGCGCCACAGCUGCAGGCGAUGUCUCUUGGCUUGUUUGAGAUUAUUCCACAGGAGACUCUACUGGUAUUUGACUAUCAAGAGCUGGAGCUUGUGCUCUGUGGACUGCCUGACAUCAAUAUGGCUGACUGGAAGCGCAAUACCGUCGUCGCCCCUAGCUUUAGUGAUGCCCCCAAGGUCGUUGACUGGUUUUGGGAAGUGCUCCAGGGCUUUACUGAAGACGAGCGAGCCCGUUUUUUGCAGUUUUCGACGGGCUCGUCACGCGUGCCGGUGCAGGGAUUUAAGGGUCUAACGAGCUACGACGGCCGCAUUUGUCCCUUCUCGUUGCGACCGUUGCCAGGACAGACACGCGGUUUCCCCAAGGUGCACACGUGCUUCAACCGCGUGGAGCUGCCGUUAUAUGAUAUCAAGACUGAAAUGGAGACGGCUUUGUACGCUGUGCUUGAUAUGGAGUGGACAGAGUUUAGCGAGGAAUGA